AUGUUGGGGGAACUGAUGCUUGUUUUUAGGAAUUUCCUUGCCAUACUUGCUUCCUCGGGCACCCUGGGAGCUUUGGUGGCUUGGUUGAUAAGCUAUAAGCCAGUUUUGUUUGGGUUCCUAUUCCUUCUACUGUUGCUUAGCAACUGGCUGGUGAAGCAUGAACUCAAGCCCACCUCCUCAGAGAACUGUCAGGAGGAGGCCAUGAAUUCAAAGACUCCGGAAGCCCACGCCAACAACAAUAACCUGAACACAAAACAAAUGGAGAGGCUGCAGGCCUGCUUUGCGCUCCAGGACAAGAUCCUUGAACGGCUUUUGUUCAGUGAACUAAAGCUGAAGGUCUUGGAAAAUCAGAUGUUCAUCAUAUGGAAUAAAUUGAAUCACCCUAAGCGAUCAAGCAGACAUCGACAUUUCCCCACGAAGAAAGACAAAACGAGGAGGCAUGAUGAGUCCACGUUUUCCAUCCUCUCUGAUUGUACUUCCAACUCCCCCACCUAA